CGCCGCCCAUCCCUUUCCCGUCUCGCCUCUCCUCGCCUCGCCGCGGCCGCCAAAAUCCACCCGUUUUGACCGCGCCUUCCUCCUCCGCCGGCCCGGGGGCGUCAGCCUCGCCGCGCGCGCGCGGGGGGGUCGAGCUCCCGCGGUUUCUAGAAGAAUUCAUCCGUUUUUUUUUUUCGCCUGCUUGGCUCUGCUUGUUCACUCGACACCGACCGCUCCUCGGAGCGGAGAGGGGGGAAUUCAAACGGGUGGCGGCCGGGGUCCUCGCCCUCGCCGUGCCGACAGCGAGUGCCGCGCGCUGGACGCUGGUGCACUAUUUCUUGCGGCCCGCCCCCCCGCGAAUCGAUCCACACCCGCAUUUCGCCUCCCGCCCUUAGCAUCAUCACCGGUUCACCAAAGCCUCGAGCGUUUGUUGCUUGCUUGGCUAGUUUGAGCGUGUGAUUGUCUUCUCCUUGCGCGUGGCGAUGGUGGGCAGCUACGCGAACGGGCACCCGGCGGGACGGGGCGGGGUCGCCGCGGCGGAGGGGAAGCUGGACGAGCUGCGGCGGCUGCUGGGGAAGGCGGACGGCGACCUGCUCAAGAUCGUCGGGGUGGGCGCCGGGGCGUGGGGCAGCGUCUUCUGCGCGCUGCUUCAGGACGCGUACGGCCGCCACCGCGACAAGGCGCAGGUGCGCGUCUGGCGGAGGCCCGGGCGCGCCGUCGACCGCGCCACCGCCGAGCACCUCUUCGAGGUCAUCAACUCCCGGGAGGACGUCCUCCGCAGGCUCAUCCGCCGCUGCGCCUACCUCAAGUACGUCGAGGCCCGCCUCGGCGACCGCACGCUCUACGCCGACGAGAUCCUCCGCGACGGGUUCUGCCUCAACAUGAUCGACACGCCGCUCUGCCCCCUCAAGGUCGUCACCAACCUGCAGGAGGCGGUCUGGGACGCCGACAUAGUCAUCAACGGCCUGCCCUCCACUGAGACCAGGGAGGUGUUCGGGGAGAUCGGGAGGUACUGGAAGGAGAGGAUCAGGCCCCCGGUGAUCAUCUCGCUGGCCAAGGGGAUCGAGGCGUCGAUCGACCCCGUGCCUCGGAUCAUUACUCCAACACAGAUGAUCACCAAUGCUACUGGAGUUCCAUUGGAGAACAUUCUAUAUCUUGGAGGCCCUAACAUUGCAUCUGAGAUUUAUAACAAAGAAUAUGCAAAUGCUCGCAUAUGUGGAGCUGAAAAGUGGAGGAAACCUCUAGCUAAAUUUCUGAGGCAGCCUCAUUUCAUUGUAUGGGAUAAUAGUGAUCUGAUCACUCAUGAAGUAAUGGGUGGCUUAAAGAACAUAUAUGCCAUUGGUGCUGGCAUGGUGGCGGCACUAACCAAUGAGAGUGCAACCAGCAAAUCAGUAUACUUUUCACUUUGCACGUCUGAAAUGAUAUACAUAACACAUUUAUUGUCUGAAGACCCUGAGAAACUUGCCGGACCAUUAUUAGCCGAUACCUAUGUUACGCUGCUGAAAGGUCGUAACGCAUGGUAUGGACAGAAGCUAGCUAAGGGUGAACUUACUCUUGAAAUGGGGGAUAGCAUCAAGGGCAAAGGGACUAUACAGGGUGUCUCUGCAGUCCAUGCAUUUUAUGAGCUCUUGAGCCAGGGUAGCUUAAGUGUGACGCAUCCUGAAGUGAAGAAGCUUGUUGCUCCGGUUGAGCUGUGCCCAAUACUCAAAACACUUUAUAAAAUCCUAAUCAAGAGGGAUCUUGCUACUGAUUCCAUUCUCCAGGCAAUACGAGAUGAAUCAAUGUAUGAUCCACGGGAGAGAAUUGAGAUGUCUCAGCGCCAGUCUCUUUACCGGCCGUCUCUUCUUGGCCUACCUAAAUGAGAGAUAUUAUUACCCAGGAUUAGAUUCAUUCUUUUUUUUUUCUGCAGCUUUGUUGUAAGAUUCACAGUAUUCUUUGAUGCAUUCUUGCAUGAUGAUCCUCAAGAUCCUUCUAUCUGUGCCAAAGUGCAUCUCCUGUUUGAACACUGAUUCCAUUCUCCACUGGAGAAUUUGAUAAUGAGGUGUUUUUAGUUUCAUUACGGUGAGUUUCAAGUAGCUUCACGUGCUUGAUGCCCCAGUGCCCCACAAUCCCACGUGUAUAUACUGUACAACAAUUGGUGAUUCAAUUAUAUUUCUUUCUAUUCCAUUUGAAGCA